AUGCUUCAUGUGCUUCCCACUAUUGUUCUGGAUAAACUUAGAAGAAAGAAGGUUUUCAUUGUUCUCGAUGAUGUCAAUGAUUCAGAGCAGUUAGAGGCUUUAGCUGGGUAUCAUGGUUGGCAUGGUUCAGGAAGUAGAGUCAUAGUAACAAGCAGAGACAAAGAAGUAAUUGUUAUAAGUGGAAAAGUAAUUGUUGUUAAUAAUAAGUUAGAGAUGCAUGAUUUGAUACAAGAAAUGGGUCAACAUAUUGCUUGGCAUGAACAUAGUAGAUUAUGGGAAUUCACAAAAAUUUGUGAUAUCUUAGCAACUAAGAAGGUGAACAAAGCAGUGGAAGGUAUAUGCUUGGAUACUUCUAAAAUGGGAAUGACACGCUUGAAUUCUGCAACCUUCUCACAAAUGCCUAACUUAAGAUUACUCAAAUUUUUUAGGCAUUCAAAUAAAAAGGACUCAACUCCUGAAACCUUCAUACUUGAAUCUGCUAAAAAGAAUCAUCUGCAGAAUCUUCCUAACAAGUUGAGUUUACUACAUUGGGAGGAAUAUCCUUACUGUUCUCUGCCCUUAUGUUUUUCCAUGGAGAACCUUGUUUUACUCAAUUUGGAAGAUAGGGACGUUAAAUGA